AAACUGGGAGUAGAGAGCAGUUUCCCAGACACUGGAAAUCUGUGUGCGACUGACUCAGGAACAGCUUCAGACUCCAACCCUUCUGCAGUGAACCCGCAGGUUGGAGCCACAGGAGGUGGGAGCCUCCAGAUCCCAUCUCCAUCUCGGCUGUGGAGGGCCAAUGCUGAGUGCAGACUCUGGGAGAGUUUAGACCAUGUCUCUCUGCUUGUCCCGCUGGCUGCUUGUCGCGUCCCUGCUCCUGAUCCAUACACACAACCUGGAGGCAGCGGCAUGUCAUGGCUGUACAUCGACUUCCAAGUGCGAUUGCAGUGGUGUGAAAGGAGAAAAGGGAACAAUAGGUUUACCUGGCUUUGUGGGACCCAUAGGAAUGCCGGGAUUCCCAGGAGUUGAAGGUCCUGCUGGCCCUUUGGGACCAAAGGGGGAUCCUGGAGAACCAGGUCUAUCAGGAAAGAAAGGAAUCCGGGGUCCAGCUGGUUCACCAGGGUUCCCAGGGACUCCAGGAUUGCCUGGUUUACCAGGACAAGAUGGACCACCAGGAGCAGCAGGAAUCCCAGGAUGUAACGGCACAAAGGGUGAUCGUGGGCCAUUGGGACCCCCAGGAUUACCAGGUCUCCAAGGAUCUCCGGGUACACCAGGUAUUCCAGGUCCAAAGGGAGACCCAGGAGAAAUUAUUGGUAUUUCACUUACAAAGGGGGAGCCAGGGUUCCCCGGACCACCAGGAAAACAGGGUGAACCGGGCAGUCCUGGAUUGCGAGGACCAAGUGGUCCACCAGGUUAUCCUGGACCUGUCGGUCCCCCAGGAAUCCCAGGCCCUCCAGGACCAAAGGGGAACAUGGGAGUACAGUUUUAUGGACCAAAGGGUCAGAAGGGUGAACCAGGAGUUCAGGGACCCUCAGGUCCAUCUGGUUGUGAAGAGUCCCAAAGAGGAACAACAUCAAAAGUCAUCCUCACAAAGGGUGAGAAAGGUGAUCGAGGGUAUCCAGGUCCUAAGGGUUUUCCUGGCAAUCCUGGCCGUUCGAGUAUUGGAAUGAAGGGGGAUAAAGGAGAGUUGGGAGAACCAGGGAAACGCGGUAAACCCGGAAAAGACGGUGAUCCAGGUCUCCCAGGACGUGAUGGUCAGCAAGGUGACCCAGGAUAUCCAGGUCUCUCUGGACAGGAUGGUCCCAAGGGAGAGAAAGGCAAUCGUGGAGUUGAUGGUCCUCCAGGUGUUAUUAUUGAUGUCGAUGGAAGUGUUAUUUAUGGGACUAGAGGGGAUCCUGGUGACCCAGGUCCCCCUGGGAUACAAGGCGAACGAGGCUAUCCAGGCCCGCCAGGACGUCCGGGAGUACCCGGCCCUCCAGGUCCCCCCCUGCAAGGUGAGAAAGGUCUCCCAGGGUUCACAGGUGAACGAGGUCACAAAGGAGAGAAGGGUGAUCCCGGAUUAUCGCUGUCAGGUUUACCAGGAAAGGAUGGUCUAAGGGGUCCCCCUGGGCCCCGUGGUCCCCCAGGACCUCCAGUGACUAUUGAGAAUUGUCGAAGUUUCCCAGGACCGCCCGGACCUGCUGGACCACAAGGUUUGCCUGGAGAGGCUGGACUGAAAGGUGCCAAGGGUGAUGCCUGUUUCCACUGUAACCUCACCGCGUCACCUGGACUACAGGGACCCCCGGGACCUCCCGGAAGGCCAGGUGAGCCCGGAUAUCCAGGGGCCAAGGGAGACCGUGGUCUACCAGGAAAAGAGGGAUUCCCGGGUCAACCUGGAAUUCGUGGUGUCCCAGGCCCCAUGGGUAUUCCUGGUCCAAAAGGCGAUCCAGGUGAUAUCCAAACAUUGCCCGGAGUGAAAGGGGAUCGUGGUGACCCUGGCUUCCCAGGGGCUCCAGGUGUGCCGGGUCCGGCUGGGUUACCUGGGAAAGAUGGAUUUCAAGGUCCUCCAGGUCCCAAAGGCGAGCCAGGAAACAUCGGCUUCAAAGGUGAGAAGGGCUUGCCAGGACCCCCCGGAUUAACUGGAGUACCAGGAGAUCAGGGAACUCCUGGACUACCAGGAGUCGGGGAGCCAGGCUUUCCAGGAGAAAAGGGUGCACGUGGAUUUCCAGGACAUCCGGGAAUACCCGGAAGCCCAGGUCAGAAAGGUGAAUCAGGGAAUGCUGUCAGUAAACCAGGAGCCCCUGGUCUCCCUGGGCCACAAGGGUUAAGGGGCGAGCCUGGAAGCAGAGGUGACCCUGGCCUUCCAGGAAGCCCGGGUUUACAAGGAGCUACAGGGCCGAAAGGUGAUCCCGGUCUUCCCGGCAUUGGAUUUCCAGGCCCAACUGGAGCAAAAGGCUCACCAGGGAUUCAAGGACAAACAGGCCUUCCUGGUCUUUCAGGACGUCCAGGGAAUGAUGGCAUUCCAGGCCAGCCAGGACCCCCAGGGGCAAAGGGCCAACCGGGAGUGGGACUGCCGGGCCCCCGAGGAUUUCCAGGUGUCCCAGGACUCGAUGGAGUUCAAGGAGAUAAAGGUGACCCAGGAAUCCCUGGAAUACCAGGAGCGCCGGGAAACCCUGGAUUACCUGGCCUCACAGGUGAUAAAGGCAGAACCGGUCCAAUAGGACCACUGGGCCCUCCUGGACUUCCAGGCCCCGCAGGAAUUGGGCCACCAGGUCAGCAAGGCAAGCCAGGACCUCAGGGACCACCAGGCCUCCCAGGAUUCCAGGGAUUGCCAGGCGCGAAGGGUGAUCCUGGCUUUCCAGGUCUAGAUAUCCCAGGUCCACAGGGGGACAGGGGGAAUCAGGGAGCAAAAGGUCUUCCUGGACCUCCAGGUUUUUCAGGGCAAAUUGGGCCCCCAGGAAAAGAUGGCCCUCCAGGAUUUCAAGGUCCCAAAGGAGAAAUGGGGGUCAUGGGUACACCUGGAAGCCAAGGUUUACCGGGAUCUCCAGGGAAUGUGGGACUUCCUGGUCUGAAAGGUGACCGUGGCUUGCCUGGUUUCCCGGGUCCCCCUGGAACAGGUGGUGAGAAGGGGACAAAAGGAGAAGUUGGUCUUGUGGGAAAGCCUGGAAUCAUAGAUAAAAGUGAGAUGGAGAAAAUGAAAGGGCAGAAAGGAGAUACGGGAGAUCCAGGUAGGUCAGGCUUUCCGGGAGAAAAGGGCUAUCAAGGUAUCCCGGGUGACCCAGGGGUGCCAGGAAAAGAUGGACAACCUGGAUUACCAGGACAACCAGGGCCAGCGGGAGAUCCAGGAAGAACGGGAGAACCAGGAUUUACGGGCACUCCGGGAGAGAAAGGAUCAAUUGGAGAAAUGGGCUUGCCAGGUCCUGUUGGGCCUCCUGGUACCCCGGGUGAACCUGGACAGACGGGCAUGCCUGGUUAUACUGGGCGUACUGGUGAGAAAGGUGAGAAGGGCAGCGCAGGACUACCAGGAAUUGGAGUUCCAGGUGAUCCAGGGCCAAAGGGAGAUCCAGGUCCAACAGGCUUCCCAGGUGAUCCUGGCCUGAAGGGUGAGUCUGGUUUUCCGGGUUUGCCAGGAACGCUGGGUCCGACGGGACAGAAAGGCGAUCCAGGUGGUCCAGGACUUCCAGGUAACCCAGGGCUCCCAGGAAAGAAAGGUAGCCCUGGCCUCCCAGGUGAACCAGGUUUCUCAGGAAGUCCAGGAGUGCCAGGUCCUCCUGGUCCUCAAGGUCUCCCGGGACCGCAAGGAGAGAAAGGCUUAAGAGGUCUUGAUGGAAUCCCAGGAACAAUUGGAGAAAAGGGAAAUCAAGGCAUCCCAGGAAGAGAUAUCCCAGGGACUCCAGGACUGCCAGGACUGAAAGGAUCAAAAGGUGACUCUGGCUUACCAGGAUUCCCAGGCUCACCUGGUGUUCCAGGUAUUAAAGGCGACCGAGGAUUCCCAGGCCUUAAAGGCCAUCAGGGUAUUCAAGGUCCACCUGGACCCGCCAGUGUGGCUCUGGAGGGGCCAAAAGGUGAAAAAGGAAAUGUGGGUGAGCAAGGCCUUCCAGGAGCACCAGGAAUUCCCGGAGGUCCUGGAUCUCCAGGAUUCAAAGGAGACAAAGGAGACAAAGGAGACACAGGUGCCCCAGGACUCCAGGGCUUUCCAGGACCCAAGGGAGAACAGGGAAUCCAGGGAUCUCCUGGUGUUGCUGGUUACCGAGGUGUUCCAGGACAGAAGGGUGAAUCAGGAUCUCAUGGAGUUCCAGGCUUUAUUGGAAUCAAAGGUCUUCCAGGAUCUCCCGGAUUUCCGGGGCCACAGGGUGAUAGAGGUGCGCCUGGGCAACCAGGUCCACCUGGUCCUGUCGGACCACAAGGACCCCUGCAGAUUGUGAAGGGAGAUGCUGGAUUUCCUGGCCGUCCAGGAGAAGACGGACCGAAGGGAUACCCUGGGUUUCCAGGCAUUAAAGGAGACAAGGGUCAGACAGGUCUAAUCGGUACUCCUGGUGAACCAGGGUCUCCUGGAUUUGAGGGAAGGCCUGGACUGAAAGGAGAAAUUGGCCCAUCUGGUCCAGCAGGUCCGAGGGGUUAUCCAGGACCUGCUGGCCCUGAAGGAGCUCCUGGCCCUCGGGGAUAUCCUGGCCCCGCGUCGAUAGCUCAUGGCUUCCUUGUGACCCGACACAGUCAAACCACAGAGAUUCCCAGCUGUCCCCAAGGGACAUCGAAAAUCUACGAUGGCUUCUCGCUGCUCUAUGUCCAGGGCAAUGAAAGGGCUCAUGGUCAAGACUUGGGCACAGCAGGCAGUUGCUUACGAAGAUUCAGCACGAUGCCAUUUCUUUUCUGUAACAUCAACAACGUCUGCAAUUUCGCAUCAAGAAAUGACUAUUCCUAUUGGCUGGCUACGCCAGAACCAAUGCCAAUGAGUAUGGCUCCUGUGGUUGGUCAGACGAUUGAGCCAUUUAUCAGCAGAUGCUCUGUUUGUGAAGCUCCAGCAAUGGUGAUUGCUGUCCACAGCCAGACAAUUCAAAUCCCACUCUGCCCCAAUGGUUGGACAUCCCUCUGGAUCGGCUACUCCUUCAUGAUGCACACCAGUUCGGGAGCUGAGGGGUCAGGACAGGCUUUGUCAUCACCUGGUUCAUGCCUGGAGUCCUUCCGCUCAGCUCCCUUCAUCGAGUGUCAUGGCCGAGGCACCUGCAAUUACUACGCAAACUCUUACAGCUUCUGGCUCGCGACUGUUGAGAGCACAGAGAUGUUCAGCAAACCGGAAUCGGAGACACUCAAGGCGGGAGAGCUGCGCACUCGCAUUAGCCGCUGCCAAGUCUGCAUGAAGAAGACGUAAUGCAAUCUGAGACUGCCAAGUUGGUCAGCUGUCUCGCAAUCCUCUAAUGAACUAUGGUGCUAUUUCUAUAAUAAAGCAAUAUGACAAUA